AAACUUGCGGCGCUAUUUUGUACAUUCUCCCAUUUCUCGACUCUACACUUUCUUUUCUUCUUUCUCAGCACUCUUCGUAGUUUCUCUCUCUUGUUUUUUGAGUAACAUCACAGAGCACAAAGCAGAGUCGAAUAAGAACAGAAAUGGCAGGUUACAGAGCAGACGAUGACUACGACUAUCUAUUCAAGGUAGUUCUGAUCGGCGACUCCGGUGUCGGCAAAUCGAAUCUUCUCUCGCGUUUCACGAAGAACGAGUUCAACCUUGAGUCCAAAUCCACCAUUGGUGUUGAGUUCGCUACUCGUACUUUGAAUGUUGAUUCUAAAGUCAUCAAGGCUCAGAUCUGGGAUACUGCUGGUCAAGAGAGGUAUCGUGCCAUCACCAGUGCUUACUAUCGCGGGGCAGUCGGUGCACUUCUUGUAUAUGACGUCACACGCCAUGCAACAUUUGAGAACGUCGACAGAUGGCUGAAAGAACUGCGAAACCACACAGAUUCAAACAUUGUUGUGAUGCUUGUUGGGAACAAGUCAGAUCUUCGUCAUCUUGUAGCUGUAUCAACAGAAGAUGGGAAGUCUUACGCUGAGAAAGAAUCACUUUACUUCAUGGAAACCUCAGCUCUUGAGGCUUCUAACGUAGAGAAUGCAUUUGCUGAAGUUCUCACUCAGAUCUACCGUAUUGUUAGCAAGAAAGCUGUAGAGGGUGCUGAAAAUGGAAACGCGUCUGUGCCAGCCAAAGGAGAGAAAAUAGAUCUUAAAAAUGAUGUUUCUGCCCUGAAGAGAGUUGGUUGUUGUUCAAGCUAAAGAUUGGAUAAUAUAAUUCAAUUGAUUGCUAUCGGCUCUGUUGUAUGUGUAAUAUUCUAAGAGAGAGAUACGAACUAGAAGAAGAAGAAAGAAAAAUGUAAUUUAAUUUUUCAUAGCAUGUUAGACUCUGUGUGUAACCUUAAAAAACAAAGUUUGAUGUUUCAAUAGGAGCUGCUGGGGAAGCAAGUUGACUGUUACGCGGCAUAGUUUGUACUCAGUAGUGUAAUAUAGUUGUUUUUCAAAUGUUUUCACCUGCAAAGUGGUUCCAGAUUGAAAGUAAUUGAAUCAUUUGAGUUUGUCCUGA